AUGGGUUGUGUGUGCGACGCACGAUGUCCACACGAAAGAAUACAUUCUUCCACAUGCUCAUGCGAGCUUGUUCGUGUUCGAAGGUGCUCACUUUGUUCGCCACACAAUGUGCGCUCGUGUGUACAUACCUUUAGAUUUCCAACUGACGAACGUCGUCUUCAGUGGGUGGAAUUCGUGGUGAACCAAGGUUUUCCUGUAAACCUAACCUCUACGUUGUGUUCGAGGCAUUUUGUUCCUGGCCUUGACUACAGACAGGAGCAUACGCGAAGCCGUUCUCUGUUCCAUACAGCAGUGCCAUCUUUGGUAGUCGGACCAUACAGAGAACGAGAAGAUCAUGUGGAAAACGUCGAUGCCGGUGUACAAGUUCCGAGGGAUGAACUUUUGUUGGAAGACAACAUUGAGGUAGUUGAAGUCAUGAUGGACAAUGACAACGUUGAGGUAGUUGAAGUCAUGAUGGACAAUGACAACGUUGAGGCAGAAGAAGUCGCGGUGGACGACGACAACGUUGAAAUAGUUAUCGUGAACGGAGACGAACAAGUAUCAGACAAUGAUAACUUUGUUGGUGUUUUCGACCUUUCACCACUGUACGACAUUCAAGAGGUUGAACAAAUCGCCCCGGUUGUCGCUAGACUGUUGGUAGACCGUCCGGCUGGCGUUCAGCACCCACUACCGGAACCACACUACAUAGGCGCGUUGAAUUACGUAUGCCGGUAUUGUAGGGCCCGCCACUUUAAGUGCGAGGAAACAAGCCCGAAUAAUUUUUCUACAUGCUGCAACAACGGUCUGAUGGCCGUUUCAGGACCGCGUGUGUUGACACCUGCACCGUAUUUACUACAGAGGUUGUUGGUUGAAGAUUCGGUAGAAGGUAGACACUAUAGAAAUAACAUCCGCCGGUACAACAACACUUUGGCUUUUGCUGCAUUCUCCACCGCCUUCAACACACGGCGCUUGCCAGGUCGGGGACCCAAUGUGUUUACUGUUCAUGGGCAGGGAUAUUGGACGAUAAGUAAUGACUUGAUCGGGAACGAACCUAUCCAACGCAGAUUCUGCCAGCUGUAUUUCGUCGAAUCCGGAGAGGCAAACCGGAUUCGUAGGGAGCAGCAGCAACUACUGCCUGCCGCACAACGUCUAUUGCCAAGUGUGCUCGAAGACUUAGACGGCCUGUUACGGGGCAUCAAUCCAUUCGCACAGGCUUUCGAGUAA